CUGAUUGUCGCAGCUCGCCAAUUGCCAUUCAAUUGAGUUAGAAACGAAGUUUGUGAAGAAGUUCGUGAUUUUAUGCUCUUCGUUUACUAACUUAACAUUCGAUCAAUAUUACAAUUAAGUGCCCUUAGUUAGGUCUUUAUCGUUUAAAGUCAAAAAAUCCGUGCGAGAGUACCACACGAAUUUGUUAAUGGCGCUACCCGUUGUAUCAAAAAUUGAAAACUGACUAUCCAAUGUUAUACAGAGUUUUUCUCAGUUUAACUAGCUAAUUAGAACCUGCAGACAAUGUCUCGUCUAGACGGCGUCCUAUUUUCUGCCGUGCGCUACUUCCAACCGAAAUCUGACUACACAACGGACACUGUGCUCAGUGCUAUACACUACAAGCUGGCAUUUGGAGUGAUACUGGCCUGCGCCAUUCUCACUGGGGUAACGUCUUGGUACUCACCGAUAGAAUGCAUGAGACCAGAUAAUCUGAUGAUUGACAGCUCUCUUCUGAAACAGUGGUGUUACGCACAGUCGAUGUUUAUCGUUGAUGGGCCAUCUGCAGAAGAGAACAUUUUCCCAGGAGUGAAGAACAUUUAUGGAGAUUCCAGAAAUCGCGUCGUAUAUAUACGCUAUUACCAAUGGGUUACUCUUUGCCUACUUAUGCAAGCUGCAUGUUUUCAGGUACCCCGAAUACUUUGGAAAGCCAUGGAAGGAGGCCGAGUUCAAAAACUUCUUGAGCGGUUAUAUGAACUUGAAACAAUGCCGAUGAAUGAGCGUGAGCCUCGUAUAAGCGAACUUGCCCUUCUGUUUACACUUCGUCCUGAGUGCGACAAUAAGCGAUAUGUUAAUUGGUUCAUAUUCAGUCAGAUUCUUUAUUUCAUAAACGCCGUGGCGCAGGUAAGCCUGACGCAGAGCUUUCUCGACAAUCAAUUUAUUACCCUAUUUCCAAAGUGGGUUAUGGGUAAGCCCGUUCUUGAUGCCGUUUUUCCUAAGACUGCCAAAUGUACGCUCCAUGCGUACGGUCCCACGGGCGAUAUACAGUACAUCAAUGCUCUCUGCCUGCUAGCUAUGAAUGUCCUCAUCGAGAAGAUCUAUCUUCUGUUGUGGGCCGUAUUAAUGUUUUCGCUUGUGGUGUCCGCUCUGCAAAUUAUCUAUGUGACGGUAUCGAUGACGUCGUGGCGUCUUCGCAAUGCAAUCUUAAGUACUGGGAAAAGUCGCACUCAGAUGAAACUCCUUAAAGGCGAGUGGCUUUUCUUGAAAUUCGUUAAGGAUAGCUUGGACAAUUCAUUACUGUUCACAGAUUUCAUGAAGGCCAUCAGUAAAGCACGCAUAUCAAGUUCAAAUAUUAAGUUAUAGUUUGAUCUGGGUGUAACUAGUCAGUAAAUAGGUUUGAAGGCCUCGUGGUAACGUUAGGUACCUUUAUGGUAAAUAUGGUGAACAGCAACUGGUCUUCAGCUAAAUACGCGCUUCAGAUAUUUUCUAAUGCCGACCUUCAAAGCUCUAAAAAUUUAGUCAGUACAAACUAUUCAGGUUAAUAUUUUGUGAAAGUCACCGGCUGCUUAACACAUCAUAUAGUAUUCAGUUUAUCCAAUCAGUAUGUUUUUUUGGCUGAUAUUUCCAAUUCUGGUCUCAUAUGACCUUGAGCGUGCCGUGCAAUAUUUUUGUCAUUUCGAAAUUUUAGAGACUCUCUUAAAAGUUACAUCGGACUAACUGCAAAACGACUACAGUGAAAACGAGUAAACGUGUCACAA